UGUCAAUGUUUAUCGUGUCAUUUUUCUGCUUGCGGCUGCUCACCUCUACGUCCCGGACUUCUGCGAUGGAGCAUUUCUGCCAGUAUGCGGCUUAAGAGGUUUCAAAAAAGGAUAAAAAAGAUGAGCGUGGAUGUGCCCACGCUAUACGAAAUCUGUCUACGUUUGGAAGAGAAUGGUGCAAAGAACACUGAGGAUUUUCAACGCUGUAUUGAUGCAGUGAAGGAUGGGGACAUUUCCACCAAGAAACUGGCGAUACAAAUAGUUUUUAGAUUUUUUGAUACUUUUCCGGACAAAAGAGUUUCAGCUCUCAAUACCUUGCUAUCACAACUAAAUGAGCCGGAUGUGGAGGUCCAAAAGAUUGUCAUCAAAGGUCUACCAACGACAUGUCAAAAGCAUGCUGAUUAUGUCGACCAGGAAUCUCUCCUUGUGCGGAAAUCUCUCAGCACACUACUCGUCAGUCAUCCUAAGGAAACCGUAGUUGCUAUGUAUGGCGCCAUCAAUGAUGCUAACACUAUCGAAGAGAAAGUCACGAUGCUUAGAUUUAUGGAUGAGAAAGUAUCGCGAUUGCUCAAAGCGGAGCUUACUCCACUUAUGAAAAAGAAGUUAUCAGACGUCUAUAAGGAAAUGCUAAUCUCAUCAACCCCUGAUGAAAUUGAGAUUGUGCUCCGAUUUAUGGGGAAAGCAACGCAGAUCAAGGAGGAGGAGAAGUUGACCGUCUUCAGAGAAGCUAUGGACGAACUUGUUGAGAAGGGAAUCGCAUUUGAUGGGGAGAAUGGUAAUAACAGCGCUGAUUUCAUUUCUACAGUGAACAACGUUGUAAAGAUUGUGUUGAUCCUCAGUUCCGCUGGACGCUCAUAUAAAAUGCCAAAAAAGAUGACAAACUACUUGUUCUCGAAGUUUGGGAAAAUGCGCUUGAUUCACGCUUCGGAUAGAAAGGAUAUAAUGAAAGUCCUUGCUUCCGUUACGUACCUUGGCAAUUAUGAAGAUCCCGAUGAUUUCUCUUGUGUUAUCAAGCUCUUUGAUUAUUUGAGGAGUAUGCUUCCCAAUUCUCGCCCCAUCGAUCCGGAUGCAAGUGAUGGCUACGUUGAUCAUAGCGAUCAAGGGUGGAACAUUGAGUUUGCUGAGCUAGAGCUUGUCUUCGUUGUCAUAUUCAGUUUAUUACGAAGACAUCGAUUUAUUGCUGAGGAAUUGAUGGCAGUGGGAGAUAUUUGGAAGCCGAAGUUUCAGUAUCUCGUAAACGUCAUAAGAGUUAUCACUCAGCGCUUGAAGCGAAAAUUGGACGAAGAAGGUGGGAGUGACGAGGAGCAAUCAAGGAAUACCAAGCUCUUGUUAGUAGCUAAUAAUGUGGGCUUGAUCGCAAACUGUUUCUUGGUGAAUAUCUGUGACUUACAUAUAGAAAUUUUACCAUCAUGGUCACAAUCGCAAAAACGUCGUUUUGCUGUUCGACACAAAUCGCCUACGAAAAGAAGAAGGAUAGCAUGACGCGAAUUAGUAUGCUCAACAGUACUGCCUUCAAUCUCACUUGCCGUAACUAAGUUACCCGUCUCAUCUAUCCCCUUGUCUCCAUACCAGGUUUGCUUGUUGAUGCAUUUCCAGUAUAAGAUCUGAUCUUGCUUGGCUAAUAGUCUCAGCUUCAUAUACGUUUAUCAUAUUCAAGCUAUUUAGUAUUGUCCAAAAAUCUAUUUAUAUCUAAUUUUUUGUAUGUUGCCUAACUGGAUCUUUGAAAUACUAGUCCUUUGCAUAGUCUGUAUAUACUGUACCUCUUUAUUAAGUUUCGCAUUGAAUACUCACAAAAUCUCAUAUGUCCUUUUUUUGCUGCUGAUAAAUGACUACGUAGGCGAUAAUAACUUAGAAUUCCGACUUGCUCGUACUAUAUUUGUUACAAUGGUGAACUUCAUAGUGGAGUCUACCCCAAAAUUUAUGUGCACGCUAGAGCAUGGACAAACUAUAGAC